GUUUUCACCUGGAUAUUAUCGAAAAGUCCACAAUACAUGUCAAAGCAUCAAAAAACUCUCACAGAGCUGUUCAGUUCACAGCAGCCGUAAAACAAACAAAGGAAUCACAGCAGCUCGUGAUCGACGAUGAUUUGAUAAAUGGCAUUUCGGCGACUGUAUGUUUUAAAGUUCCCAACUGUAUCAUGUAUGACUGAAUCAUGCUGUACUGACAGUGCCAACCUGUCUGAGCUUAAAAUCUGAAUGUAGCCUAACUGCAAAAUGUGCUAAACGACGAAACAAAAAACUGGCACGUGAGAAUCCUUUCUCUGGACACAAACAGACAAAUCCUGGACUACCUUAAGAGAUCGUCCCUCCCUCGGCACGUAUGCCAUUGGCUGAUGUUCGCAGUGGAGGACCUUGCUGAAAUGCAAAACUUGUUGCUGGUGCUUGCGGUCGGCGCGCGCAGUGCUGAGCUUCUCAGACAUCAGUAUGUGAUCUACCGCUGAAUUGUUUCCAGCUGGAGUAAAUCUCAAAACUGCUGCUAUUAGAAGAGGACUCCCAGAAUGCGUAAGUGUUGCCUGUAAUUGAAAUUGCAGUCAAACUGUUCGAUUGCGCGGAAAAUGAGCAGGACCGAUGGGACUGUGUUGCCCAGCAGCUCAGUGGUGGCGGGCUUUGGAUAGCGCAUGUGCUGCCUAUCGCUUGGAGCUCCAAAAGACGGGCGCACAAAGACGGGCGUUCGGGGUUUACCCCCUCACACACUGGACUUUCUUCUGGUCGGCGUGAUCGCUUGUUAAGCGCAGCCCAAGGGAACUAUUUCUUUUCAGCGUAUGCAAUUUGAAAAAUCUCAUUCAUUUCUAAAAAGAAAAGUGGAUACCAGAUAAUAGGCUAUUCUGGAUUCAUAUGGACGUGGAUUUUAUUUUUACGGUACUCUGGAUAGUGUAAUGAUGCGCGCUCCAAAGGGAUUUCUAAACAGAAACGAAUGUUUACCUCACUCUGGACAUUUGACAGCACAUUGGAAUUACAGUCUGUGGAGAAUGAUGUGACGGAACAUGUUUUUUUAUACAUAUAUUUUUUUUUCUAUGUGUUGUAGCUGUUGUCUGAUCGCAAGGUGAGAGUAAUUUUGUGGUAAGGAGGUUGUUUUAUAGCAGUUUUUUUCGCUCUACAGCAAAAAUAAUUUAUUACUUUUUAUGUAAUACUUUUAAAAACAGUGGAGAAAAAUAUGCACAGAUUAUGGACUAGGCCGUGAACUUUUUAGUUUUUUUAUAGAGCAUUUUGUCGUACAAUUUCAUAGUCAUUUACAAUAUGAUAGGCUUUCUCAGUAAUUCAUCAUUGCUUACUGUGGUUUUCAACUACAAGCAUGUUUUUUAAUUGAUGGCGAUAUCAAAUUAGAUUUUAUUCCAGUAUUUUACACCUUAUUGUUGAUAUCAAUUGAAUUUGCCAAAGAAAAAAAAAAAUAAAGGAGACUGUGGAGACUGCAGUGGAGCCAGGCGAGCUGGCUGUCAUGCGGGAUUGAUUGUGGGAAGUAUGUUUGGGCUGGAACAGUUUGGUCCACAGAUUAAUAACAGAAAUUUUGGCCACACUGAGAAAAACUUUAACCAGCCAAAAGUGAGCAUGAACCCCCAUUACAAGAGCCCAGGUUUUCAUGCUGGAGGCCCACAAGGGACAGUCGAGACUGGUAUGGGCCCACUUAACGAGCCUCCUGUGAUUGAGAUGAACAUUAACAUGAACGGAGGGGAACAGUACGGUGGAUUUCAGCGAGGAAAUUCUGAAUUGCAUGCAGGGAAUCUCCAACAACAACAACAGGCCUCAAUGCAUGGAUUUUUUAACUCUCAGCAACCUCACAAUCAUCCUCACGGCCCUCAAACACAUUCACACCAACACCAUCAACACUUCGGGGGGAACUUUGGACCUGAACCUGGGUCCUCUUGUUUGCACAGUGGAAGGAUGAUGGGUUAUAAUAGCAGUAUGGGGCUCCAGCAAGGAUUCGCAGAGGGUUUUGACCCACUGUCUGAGGGGCAGUCAGCAGAUGGCUUCUCUCAGCAGCAGUCCCAGCAGCAGCAGCAGCAAAGGACAGGCUCCAUGGCUGAUUUUCAGCACCACGGACCCCACAGUGGAAAUCACCCCGUCCCUGCCCCAUGUCUUCCCUUGGACCAGUCACCUAAUCGUGCUGCCUCGUUCCAUGGCCUGCCUUCUUCAUCCUCUUCGUCAGAAAGUCACAAUCUGGAGUCCAGACGAAUGCCCCCACCAGGUGGUGUUGAAGGACUGGACUACAGCUAUUCUAAUGAGCCCUCAUCUGGACAUUUUGAAGUGUCUGUGUUCUCCCCCUCCGAAUCGGAGUCUCAGCUUUCCCAUUUUGGGCCUGGCCGUCAGGUGCCAGGGCCCAGCUUUCCUGGAAACCCAGGGUUGUCUCGAGCUCCUGGAAUGCAGGGCAUCUCUAAAGAGCACCCCCACGCCCCCCCUCAACAGCAGCAGCCCUCGGCCCAGCACAGUGUGUUCUUUGAACGUUUUGGGGGUGGACGCAAAAUACCAGUGGGGAUAGAGCCUGGUGCCAGGCAUCCUCUCAUGCAGCAGCAGCCAAGCUUGAUUGGCCGACAGAACGCUUGCCCACCAUCUCUCCCACAGCCCCCACAAUCAGAGACGGCUUCUGCUAAUGCCGGUAUGCAGGAGGGUGGCGUCAUGAUGCCUGGCCAGCAUAAUCAGUUUGAAUACUCUAUUCACAGACCAGAGAACAGACGGAUGCAUAGUUACGGUGAGCCCAUGUUCAACAUGCAACAGCAGCCGCCCCCUCCUCAGCCGCCUUCCAAUCAGAGACUGCAACACUUUGAUUCUCCUUAUUUAAAUAUGUCUAAGAGGCCCAGGCUCGAUUUUCCCAAUGCCGCACACGGCGGAGAGCGUUGCGGCAGUUGGAACAGCGGUAUGCAUAACCCUCCCGGUAUGGAGAAUCAUCUCUCUCCCGCAGCCUAUCCUGGCCUGCCCGGAGAGUUCACCCCUCCUGUGACGGAUGGCUUUUCAUCAGGCCCGUCACUGCAGCUUACAGGGCCUGAGCAGCAGUCGAUGCAGCAGCAACAAAACGCAGCAAUGAUGAUCAAGCAAAUGGCCUCUCGAAGUCAGCAGCAGAGGAUGAGACAACCCAAUCUGCAGCAGCUGGGUCAUCACGGUGACGUUCCUCAAGGGCCCCUGGGACACGGGGGAGGCAUGCCUCAGUCGAGUUUCGAGAGAGAAAACGGUGGGAGGCUGGUCAACUUUGAUGGACGGAACGCACACGUGACUCUGGAGAGUGGGUGGUUUCCCGGGACGCAUCCACCUGGUGAUGUGCUGGGCCAUCGCAUGGGCGCAGGUGGAGAGGUGGGAGUUCCUGAAAUGCAGCAGAACGGUCCUGGCAUGAUGUUCAGAGCUGGUGUGAAUGGAAUGGGCAUGCAGGAGCCUAUGAGGAUACCAGGGGAGGGCCACGUGCAGCCCUUACUAUCGCCUAACAUCCACUCACAGUUCAGCAGUGGCAUGGGGAACCUUUCACAGAUGCAAUCUCCCAGCACAGGUGUCGGAUUGCCCAACACACCAUCCGAAAGGCGCCCUAAUGACUUUUCAGGACCACCCGUGGGCGGUCCGUCCUCUUUUCCCUACGGAGGCUCUAAUCGACAGGGAGCCUCUCAAGGGGUGAGCACCUCACCGGGGAGUUUUACGUCGCAAUCAGACUUUCCCACCAGCCAGCGUUCCUCUGUCAGCAAACUUGGGGGACUCUCCUUAGGGAAUUUUAGUAAAACGAGUGGCAAGGACAAUGUUUUUGGACAGAGCUGCCUGGCAGCCCUCUCUACUGCCUGUCAGAACAUGAUUGCCAGCCUGGCGGCCCCUAACCUCAAUGUGACAUUCAACAAGAAGACUCAGGGAGAGGGAAAACGAAAGCUGAGUCAGACAGAACAGGACCUGAAUAACAGUGCGGUUAAUGGCAGUGGGAAUGCUGGGACCGAAUACUUCUCAAGCAUUACUGGCUCCCAAAGUGGACAAAUGCCUCCCGCUGGAAAUAGCAACACUAAGCCACCAGGUCAAAAUCAGACGGUGCAGGGGGAAGCCAGCACCCUCUCCCCAAAUUACAAUAUGGACACUACCCCUUGCAGUGAGGGGAAGGCAGCAACAGGGAGUGGGAGAGGGAGAGGGAGGAGAAAACGAGACAGUGGCCAUGCGAGCCCUGGGAUAUUUUUCCCCUCCGACAACAGUAACCCUGUUGUAAGUCCCGGCCAGCAGGUGACCUCAGCAGCUAGUGUGGGGGAGAGAAGUACAGGCACACCUCAAGAGAAACCCCACACCUCUCCCUCAUGGGGGAAAGGGGGUGACCUGCUGCUGGGUGAUCAGGCCGACCUUAUGUCAUCUCUUGACAGCGGCAUCCAGAGCGUAUCAAAAUCCGAAGUCUGUUCGCCUCAUGUGGAAUUUACAGAUGACGUGAGCACACGUUAUAGCAAUGAGGAUGAGGUUUCAUCAAGCUCAGAUGCUCCAACCUCUGCGAAGGCCAGCCGCAGCCCUUUGUUAGGCUCGCCCAAGUUGCAGAGAGACACUGGACUAAUGGGAGGGCAGAAAGGGCAAGGCAUGGGCCUCUCCAACCACACUACCUCAACGUCGGACGGCUUCGGUGGAGUGGGCCAUCCGGGUACACCAGGCACGGAGCAAGUCCGUACGCCCUCCAGCACCUCUGGCCCUGAUGAAAUUCACCCGCUAGAAAUAUUGCAGGCUCAGAUUCAGCUUCAACGGCAGCAAUUCAGCAUUUCGGAAGAACAGCCUGUAGGUGUGAAAAAUAGCAAAAAAACUAGUGAAUGCAGUGGCCAAAAUGCAGAUGAAGAGCUUGCUAGCUGUAGCCCGGAUGAUGGGAAGGACUCUGUGGGCACUAUUGAUCUGGACACACUCAUGGCUGAGCAGCAUGCCACCUGGUAUGUGCCCAGUGAUAAAUCUCUGCUUGAGGAUUCAGAGGAGGAGAAGUCUGUGUGGGAAAAAAAUAAAGUCCAGGGAGCCAUCAAAGAAGACGGAGACGUCUCUCAAAGCAAGACCACCGGAGGAUCGGGUUCCUCGGGGAGCACUGGAGGUAUGGGUUCUCAUCUCCAGUGCCUGUCAGUCCACUGCACCGAUGAACUCGGGGAGACUAAAGGACGCGGGGGACCCGUUCCUUCGUGGCGUUCCCUUCACUCGGACAUCUCGAACCGUUUCGGAACCUUCGUAGCUGCGCUGACUUGAAGAAAACCGAGCGGGAGGAAAAAAGACCUUUCGACUGCCGGGAGGAGAAAAGGGAAACAAGACUUCCUGUUUAAGCCGGAUAAAUCAGUGUUCCUUUGUCAGGAAAAUGUGUGCCCUUUUUUGUAGAAAACACAAAAAACAUGAGGAUCGUCGCACUGAACUUACAGUAGGAGGGUAUAUAAAGGGUGGGAGAUAUACGGUGUACCAGUACUGAUGCUGUUCUUAAAUCCAGACCUCAAUAUUCUUUUGUAUGUCUAUGCAUUCUGAUGGCUGUUCUUUUGAUCCAUUUUUGUGUAUCUCUUUUUUGCCCUCUCUGGGGGUCUCUGUUUGUUUUCAUCUUUGAAAUAAUGAUUGUUUAUUCUUCUUAUUAAAUGCCCCUCGUUCUGUAUAAGAUGUAGAGUCUCGUCCUGACCCUCCAGCCCACGUGGUCGACCUCCGGGCCCUCGGGGCAGGUGAUUCCGUUGUCAUCAAGGGACACAAGCAUGCUUUGAAAUGUGCUCCUUGCGAGCCUGCUGCCUGCUGGCUUCUUGGAAUCAAGUAAAAGGGCAGUCCUUUUAGAACGUGUCUCAUAGAAGUUCAACGAUGUGCCGUGUCUUUUCAAACCGACUCAAAAUGCCCCAUCGCUGAUCACUGGUCCUUCCCCAGCCUUUCUCCACCGUAUUGCGGUUACUCUGAUCGGUUGGGUUUCCAAUCAGAGCGUUUUCCAUAUUUAGUCCAUCAGAUUAUUCUCAAACUCCCAGGAUGCUUCAGCACUGGUAUGCCGCACAGCUAAGAGGAAACCUUUUGAUGUUAAGUGGAUAACAAAUAGAAACCAGAAUAUUGGUAUUGCACAUGUAAUUUUUUAGGCAAUCUUAUACUCUUUAGAAAACUGCUUCAGUUGACCUUGAAUGCCUGGAAAAGGUUAGAUGGAAGGUCUCGAUGGCAGUGUGAAGAUUUACGGAGGUCCUUGUUUCUUUUCAUUUUUUAAAGUAAUAUGUAAAGUGCAGUUGUCUGUUUUCCUGCAUAUUGUAUAUAUAUGUAUAUGUUUUAUUGAGUAAAAUAACAAUAAAUAUGAUGUUAAUGGUGA